AUGAAGCGAACUUUGAGAAGAUUUCUGGUGCAACAACUUCCUAGGAGGCCCGGGAUAUCUUGGAGAAAAUAUAAAGGAGUCGAGAAGAUCAAGAAGGUGAAGCUUCAGACAAUGCAAAGACAAUAUGAACUUUUGCAGAUGGAGAAAAGUGAUACCAUCUUUGAUUACUUCACCAGGAUUCUAUCCUUGACAACCCAAAUGAAGGGAUGUAGAGAGGCGGUGAAGGAUCAAUUGGUGGUUGAGAAAGUACAUGAAUUGAGGAUUAAAGAGAGGAGUCCUGAUAAGAAUUCUGAUCAUGCUCUACAGGCCCAAUCUAACAAAAGAAACUCUGUCCACUUUGCAUCUAAGUGCAAGUUCAAUCGUGGCAAUGGCGGAACGGAUGCUAAAGCAAGAAUGGCUCAUGGAGAGGAUUCAAAAGAGGAGCAGAUGUUACUCAUGGUCAUAACUAAAGAUGAGAAUGACAAGAGUGAUUGA